GGCUUAAAGAAUUAUUACGCUAACCUUCAGUUUCAGUUAAAUGAUAUUGUGGAGCUGGUAAGAGGGAAGUUGUCUAAACAAACAAGGACCACACUGGGUGCUUUGGUUACUAUUGAUGUGCACGCUAGAGAUGUCGUCAUGGAAAUGAUUGAAAGUGGUAUGUAACCUAAUAGCUUGUUCUUGUUUGUCAUAGAAUAAAUGAGAAUAUUAAUACAUUGCCUGAUAUUUCUCUGUUGUUCCGGGAAAUCAUUGCUUUUUAAACUAAUAUUCUCAAUGUUAAAAUAUUGAUUUUAUUAUUUUAAGACAUACAGUGGUACCUCCGGUUACGAACUUAAUUCGUUCCGAGAUCUAUUCUUAACCUGAGGCACACUUUCGCUAAUGGGGCCUUCUUCUGCUGCUGCUCUGUCAGCGCACGACUUCCACUCGCAUCCCAGGGCAAAGUUUGCUACUGGGAGCAUCUACUUCUGGGUUAGCGGAGCUUGUUACCCGAAGCAUUUGUAAGGAGGACGAUACAUAACACAAGGUUCCACUGUAUACCCAUUGCUUUAACAGCAGUGCUUUUUUUUCUAAAAAAAUGUUUAGGGGUACUCUCAUUUUGACGCAAGAAAAUCACCAUUUUAUAGUUCAAAUCGGGGGAAAUAAAUACAGUAAAUGGACAAAAGUACAAAGAUUCACAAAAUGUUUAGGGGUAUGUGUACCCCUGCGUACCCCACCCCCAAAAAAGCACUGUUUAAGAUGAAAGAAAAAUUGGAGCUGACAGCUGCAACUUCAAAACAUUUUGUUUCCCCUUCCUACUUCCUUUCCAUGGUAUGCUGAGGAGUAGAGCCUAAGACAUUUCCCAUGGUUGUAUUAUUUCAGGUGUGUUGCACGAAACAGAUUUUCAGUGGCUUGCUCAGUUACGGUAUUACUGGGAGUAUGAGAACGUCCGGGUGCGCAUCAUCAAUUGCAAUGUAAAAUAUGCAUAUGAAUACCUUGGCAACUCUCCUCGACUUGUCAUCACUCCUCUUACAGACAGAUGUUACCGUACUCUGGUAUGCUUUUUAAUAUUAAAUUGCUAAUAAGAAUUCUUAUAAAUCUGAAUUAGCUACAAUGAGGCAUGUUCUCCACCUAUGUUUAUGACAGUAGCUUAUAGAGAUUUUGUCUUGCUGAGGUUCUCAGAACUACUGUAUUAAACUCUCCGACAAUAAGGGAAGCACUCUUGACUCCAUUAAUUUCAAUGGGACUAAAGCAUUAAUGUUCUCUUUACUGGAAACAUAGUUUAAAAUUUAAAACUGAUUCUGAUUAGUUGUAAAUAAAAUUGUGAGACAAGGCAAAUAUAGAUCCUUUUGUUCUAGAUUGCAGAUCUCUUAGUAAUGCAGCAGAAAAUGUCUUUUUUAAUUGAUCAGUGAAUCAAAGAAAGUAACACCUGUGCUGUUGCAGGCUAUUUCAUUAGCACUAUGAAAAAGUUGAAGAAAAUAUGAUAAAGUUGACAUUAGGAAUGAAGAAUGGAAAUAGAAAAAUGGAUGGAGAAAUAGAGACGAUUGAUGUGUAUGCUUGCAUUAGAAUUUGUGUAGGUGUAUUUUCCCAAGCGGAACAACAGAAACCUGGGAUAAAUAGAUGAAUGAAUAAUGGUUUAGGGUGAGAGAGAGCAAAAACGAAAGAAAAGAAGAAUUUGGUGGGAGGUGAGAAUGCAGUGACAAAGUAUGCAAGGCAAUGUGUAAGAAAAUAAGUGGGAGGGUACAUGUUUUCUACAAUAUUUCAUCUCUGCCAUAUACAACUGGAUGUAGGUUUUUUUGUAUCCAAACAUUAUGUGACUUCUGAAAUAUUUUCAUGAACUUUUCUUAUUCUUAGAUUGGAGCAUUUUAUUUAAAUCUUGGUGGUGCUCCAGAGGGCCCAGCUGGGACAGGUAAAACAGAGACCACCAAAGAUUUGGCUAAAGCUCUUGCCGUGCAAUGUGUUGUCUUCAACUGUUCUGACGGCCUUGAUUACCUAGCCAUGGGGAAGGUAAAUUGAACCAAUCUUUUAUUGUCUGAUUUCCAGUUUUUAAAGGUGGCACUGUUUUUCAUUUUCAGUAGAGGCUCAUCUUUAACAAAAACAUUUAUAAACAAUAACACAUACCUUGGUCACACAAUCCAAUUGUGCACAGAACUGUACAGUUAACUUCACAACUAUCAGUUGAAUCAAAGGCCGUUGCGAGGGGAAAAGGGGCCCACUCUGAAUCAGGUGCAAAGCCCAGGAGACCCCAGAGGGCAGCCCCCACCAUUUCAUCCCUAGGGGUAAGAGGAGACCAGCAGUGCCUCCUGUUCACCAAGAGGCUGCUGUAAUAAUAAUAAUAAUUUAUACCCCGCCCAUCUGGCUGGGCUUCCCCAGCCACUCUGGGCGGCUUCCAACAAAAUAUUAAAAUACCGUAAUACAGAGGGCUGUGUGUUCCUUGGAGGCCAUAAUCUGCUACUCCUGUGGAUCCUGCUGCUUAAGGUGGUCCCCUCAUCUUGCCUCAUGGGUUGGCCAGCCCAGGAAGGCCUUCUCUAUUCCUGGAAGUUACAUAUAUCAACAACUACUAAGUACGUUGUCAAGGAGGUCAUCCAUCCUGAUACUUAAGCUGCAGUGCUAUGCAAACUUAACCUGGGAGUCUGAGUAAACUUGCAGAGGAUCUGUCUCUUUAAGUACAGUCGUACCUCGGCCCCCAAACACCUUGGGAGUUGAAUGUUCCGGAUCCCGAACGAUCAAAAACCAGAAGUGAGUGUUCCAGUUUUCAAAAGUUCUUUUGGAAGCCAAACUUCCAACAGGGCUUUUGUGGCUUCCAAUUGGCUGCAGCAGUUUCCUGCAACCAAUCAGAAGUUGCAUUUUGGAAGUCAAACAUUUUGGAAGUCAAACAGACUUCUGGAACAGAUUCUGUUCAACUUCCAAGGUACAACUGUACUUCAUCAAUACAUUGUGCUUUUAAACUUUGAGGAGUCAGGAUAGUUUGACAAGACAGAGGUUGCUAAUGUGUCCAAACCAAACAAGUUCUGCAGGUCUUUUAAAAAUUGCAAUUGAAGCAGUAUCCAGGAACAUAAUUAAUGCUGCUGCAAUCAAAGAAUACACAUUUGAUGUGAUUCGCUUGGGCACUUGUUAAACAGAUUCUAAGGCAAGUAAUGUACUGCCAGCUUUGGAACUGAUUUUAAAAUGUUCUUGCAAAAUUAUUUUUAGUGUUUGAACAGCCCACAGUCACACAUGAACUCAUACAGCCCUUAUAAGUUAAAGUACAGUUUCUCAUAAGAGUGCUUUUGAUCUGAUUUAAUUGGUUUCACUACUUCAUCAGCUCUUAUGGGGCUGGUUUAAAUAGCUGUAACUGGGAGUUAGGAAACAUGAAGAGAACAGACUUCACUUCCAUCACUGCCUCUCUGGUAUUUAUGUAUUUAUUAAGUUACCAGCGGUUGAUCAGGAGGACUACUGCCAUGAUAGCUGUAAAGGGGAAAUAAUUCCUGCUUCUCCACAGAAACCAUUUCCUGUACACAGUCUAAGCAAGCAACAAUUAUAUAGAGGCACCCCAAUUUUUUCAUUUGCCUAAUACAGCUAGAUUUGAUGAGACUGUAAGAAUAGUAGUAAACAAAUGUUCCCAAGGCAUCACAAUACUCCUUUUUACAUCUUCAAACUAUUGGUUAGUUAUAUAAUACCGGGCUUCCCAUUCUGUUUCUAGUUUUUCAAGGGGUUGGCUUCUUCAGGUGCUUGGGCCUGCUUUGAUGAAUUCAAUCGCAUUGAGUUGGAAGUCCUGUCUGUAGUGGCUCAGCAGAUCCUUUGCAUCCAGAGGGCUAUACAGCUGAAGCUGGAGACGUUUAAUUUCGAAGGGACUGAACUGAAGCUGAACCCCAACUGCUUUGUUGCGAUUACUAUGAAUCCAGGUUAUGCAGGGCGCUCUGAACUGCCGGACAAUCUCAAGGUAAAAUAGUGAAAGAAAAACCAUAUUAACUGAGAGUCAUUUCAGAUACUGCUUUUAAAAGCAUGAUUUCUCUAAAAAUCAUUUUAAGAUCUGUGCAUACUUCUAAACUCCUUUCAGGAGUGAGACUACUGCUGGCUGAGCUGUCCCAAGGCAAGGUGAGUGGGGUUCGGGGUGGGGGGAGCCUUUAAAAUAAGAGUUUGUCUUACACCACCCUUUUUCAAGUGUAACGUCUGCUGGAUUGCUAGGUCAUGUGACUGAGCUGAAUCAGUUUUGAAUAGGAGUAAACCUGUCCCUACCCCAUGUUCCUGCCAAGCUCCACCACUCCUCCAGAAUGUCCCCUUCUCAUGACUGAGCUGGCUGAGUCCCAGUGGGCCAGGAUGGAGAACUGAGAUACUCUGGCAUAUCUCUGAGCUGGGAUGAGGGAUUUUAGUCAGUGUAGCCCCAGCUGAGCCACAGACCUGCCUAUUCCAAACUCUGCUCAUAGCAGAUUUUGCAUUUGGCUUGCUCCCUAUGCAUGGCGUAUAAGUGGUGGUCAAAUAGUAGCUUUCUUGCUUUGGAAAUUCUUGGAAAAAACAGCUGAGUAGGUUUUUUUGUAUGGUUCAGCUUGGAUGGCAAGUCCUUUCUUCUUUAAUAAGAGGGUGCUUAGCAGCUAUGAGAUAAAGUUUCCAGAACAAUUGUAUGAAAAUUCAUUAAACAUUUGUGGAGGGUUUUUUUUGUUAAAGUGAAAGACAAAUGUAUAUAUUAAUAAGCAUACUAGUGCCACUGAAAAAAUAUAGCCUUGGAGGGGGGCAGAAUUGCCAUACUUUCUUUCCCCCCCCAAUUUGUUCAUAUAUUUUAUUUUUCAAUUUUUGAAUUUUUUAACAAUCGUACUUUCCUUGAUGUGCCUUUUAGGUCCUCUUCCGAACUGUUGCCAUGAUGGUUCCUAACUAUGCUCUUAUUGCUGAAAUCUCUCUCUAUUCAUAUGGGUUUCUGAAUGCUAAACCUUUAUCAGUGAAAAUAGUAAUGACCUACAGAUUGUGCUCGGAACAGCUUUCAUCUCAGUUCCAUUAUGACUAUGGUAUGCGUGCAGUCAAAGCAGUGCUGAUAGCUGCUGGCAAUCUAAAACUGAAAUUCCCUUUUGAAAAUGAAGAUAUACUGGUAAGUGGCACAUUAUUAACUUGACUUUAGAAAUAGUCAUUAGUUCUCAAAUGGACUUAGAGCAUUUUAGUAUCUUGCUGUUUUAUCCCAUUCCAGUAACAUUGGUGUAAUUUUUCCAUGUAUGAAAUUUAGAAGAUCAGCUAGCAGAUGUCUUUGUAGUUCAGUGGUCUAAAGCAGUUCAGUUCAGUGAUGUCAGUACACAAUGGACUCCUGUAUGACCAGUGAGAGGUGCAAAAUGAGGAGAGGGAGGAGCCUGAGGAGAGUCCCAGGGGCCACAUUCAGCCCCUGGGUCUGAUGUUCCCCACACAAUUUAAAUGAAUAUUUUUUUGUGAUGAAUUAUAAAUAAAGUCAAGAACAGUACAGACAUACUUUGGUUUUCGAACAGCCUAGUUCUCAAACGUUUUGGCUCCCAAAAGAUCAAAACUUGGAAGUGACUGUUCCAGUUUUUGAAUAUUCUUUUGGAAGCCAAAACGUUCGAGAACUAGGCUGUUUGAAAACCAACGUACGUCUGUACUGUUCUUGACUUUAUUUAUAAAAAGGUAAAGGGACCCCUGACCAUUAGGUCCAGUCGUGACCAACUCUGGGGUUGCGGCGCUCAUCUCGCUUUAUUGGCCGAGGGAGCUGGCAUACAGCUUCCGGGUCAUGUGGCCAGCAUGACUAAGCCACUUCUGGCAAACCAGAGCAGCGCACAGAAACGCCGUUUACCUUCCCGCAGGAGCGGUACCUAUUUAUCUACUUGCACUUUGAUGUGCUUUCGAACUGCUAGGUUGGCAGGAGCAGGGACCAAGCAACAGAAGCUCACCCCUUCGCGGGGAUUCAAACCGCUGACCUUCUGAUCAGCAAGUCCUAGGCUCUAUGGUUUAACCCACAGCGCCACCCACGUCCCCAAUUUAUAAUUCAUCACAAAAUUGGUAGGGCUUCUGCACCUUCUGAUUGGCUGCAGGAGCUUCCUGCAGCCAUUCAGAAGCCACGCUUUGGUUUUUGAACGUUUUGGAAGUUAAACAGACUUCUGGAACAGAUUCCGUUCAACUUCCAAGGUACGACUGUACUAGAAAUACCAGAGAGAGUCUUGUGUGUCCUUAAAGACUGGCAGCUACAUUGUGGCAUAAGCUUUCAUAUACCAGACCCUCAGAGUACCCCAAAAUUAUACACUUAAGGACUUUCCCCAGCAACUGUAAUACCAGCAGCAAGUGGGGGAGAAAGGUACUACUCGUAAAAGCACAAGUGUUUUAUGUGGCUUUGAACAAUGUUUGCUUUGUCACCUAUAGUGUUCUCCCAGGCUGCUUAAGCUAGCUGUGAUCAACAUAGAGAUCAGCAAAACCCUCAGAUAGAUUGCAAAUGUUAGGCAUACUGAUUCAACAUAACUAACACUUACAAAGCCCUUUCAGUCUAGAGGUCAUAGAAGUGGUUUGCCAUACCCAUUGUAGGAGUGAGUAAUGUAUCCCUUUCCCAGGCCUGUAUCAAGAUGGGGAGCAAGUGGAGGCACAUGCCCCAGGUGGCAGGUUGGGGCGCAGCAAAGCAGUGUAUUGCUGGGUAGACAACUCUUCUAAUAAGUGGAACCCGGCCAGAAUAAAAGGAGUCACUGAGCAUACACAUGCCUCUUUCCUCGCUGAUGACAAUGUGCCAUGGCUGGCUACAGCGCACACAUCUCUUCUCGGCCUUUUGGCUAAGAUCAAGUGUGGCAUCUCUUCUAAUAAGCAGACAUUCCACUUAUUAGAAGAGGGGUGGCUAUAGAAAGGCCUACCUCCUUGCUCACCCCAGGAAGAAGAAGGUGAGAAGCUGCUGUGGCAGAGGGAGAUGAAGGGAAGAAAUGCUCUCUUUUGUUGUGCUGUCACUUCUGCCACCAAGAGAAGGAAGCCUGCAUAGACCAUGAAGGGGGAACAAACAUUCCACUUUGUGACUUUCCCAUGGUGGCACUGCCACCAAGAGAAGGAGUUGUGUGUAGGCAUUCUUCUCUUGGUGGUGUCAGCAGCAGCAAGAGGCAGACAUGAACUUGCAAGAGAGGAAAGUAGCAGUAAAGACUUUUGCCUUCCUAUAGCUAAAUAUGUAGAUCCAGCACUGCCCUAUCCUCCCUCCCUCCAACUAAUUUCUCUUUGUUGGAGACAAGUUUUGAUUCAUGUUAGGAUUGUAUUGCUUUAACUUAGCAAUGUGGUUAAUUAUCAGCUUGAAAAAAGAAUACUCGUAGGAGACACAGUGCAGUUGAUAGAACUUUGUUUUUAUUGCUGAGCAGCUUAAUAUUUGUGAUAUAAACUAGAACAUUAUUUCUUUCCAACUCUGCUGCUGUUUCUCUUCCUUUGUUCAGCUUCUUCGAUCAAUCAAAGAUGUAAAUGAACCUAAGUUUUUGUCACAUGACAUACCUCUGUUUAUGGGCAUUACAAGUGAUUUAUUCCCUGGUAUUAAGCUUCCUGAAGCUGACUACAAUGUGAGUAUAUUUUUAGUGCAUUGUUCCCCAGUAAUUCUUCCAGUAUUUGACAGUUUUAGCUCAUGCGGUUGUCUGUUUCUAACUAAAUGAUGUGCUGUGUCUAUUUUUUAAGUGGAUUGUUUUCAAAAAACUUCAGUUCACCCAGUCUUACCAUGAACCCAAAGUCUGCUUCAGAACUUGAUGUGUUUGCUUAUUUUAUUUUCUCACAUUUAUAUUCAGCUGCUCUUCAAUCAUGGUACCCAAUGUAGUUGUGGUUCCCAGAUGGUCAACCAUUCAGGAACUGAUCAGAGUCAGACCUGCUCAGCUUUAGCAAAGUGGUAGCCUCAAGUACCUUCCAUCACUACUGUAGGACCAAUUCUCUGUUUGUAGAAGCCCGCCAGCAUUUGUAAUAGAUAGCAAAAGGCUUCAUCCUUUUGCAAUCUUUCAGUAUCUACUUUAGGCUGCACUGCUACAUGCGUUGUUCUUUAGUUGUUUAGUCGUGUCCAACUCUUCGUGACCCCAUGGACCAGAGCACACCAGGCACUCCUGUCUUCCACUGCCUCCCACAGUUUGGUCAAACUCAUGUUCGUAGCUUCGAGACCACUGUCCAACCAUCUCGUCCUCUGUCGUCCCCUUCUCCUUGUGCCCUCCAUCUUUCCCAACAUCAGGGUCUUUUCCAGGGAGUCUUCUCUUCUCAUGAGGUGGCCAAAGUAUUGGAGCCUCAGCUUCAGGAUCUGUCCUUUCAGUGAGCACUCAGGGCUGAUUUCCUUCAGGAUGGAUCGGUUUGAUCUUUUUGCAGUCCAUGGGACUCUCAAUAGUCUCCUCCAACACCACAAUUCAAAAGCAUAAAUUCUUCGGCGAUCAGCCUUCUUUAUGGUCCAGCUCUCACUUCCAUACAUCACUACUGGGAAAACCAUAGCUUUAAUGAUACAGAUUUUUGUUAGCAAGGUCUCUACUUUUUAAGAUGCUGUCUAGGUUUGUUAUCGCUUUUCUCCCAAGAAGCAGGCGUCUUUUAAUUUCUACACACACUUACAUACAAAUAAUCCCCACUGAAUUCAGUGGGGCUUAUUUAUGAGUAGAUGUGCAUGUGAUUGCACUGCUAGUAAUCCUGACAUCCAUCUCAUUCCUACUAGGAUUAUCUUCCUAGUCUCUUAGUAACUUGUCACAAACGUCCCUCAAGAUUUUCUUCAGCUUCCAGCUGCCACUGCCUCAUGUCAUUUAAAAAGAAGGUCCCCAGUCUGAUGACAGCGGUCUCAAUAUACAUACGUGUGCCUUAUACAUGUCUAUUUAGAAAUAAGUCUCUUUACUGUAUUUUCAAUUGAGCUUACUCCAAGGUGUGUGCAGAAUUGCAGUUGAAAGCUUCCGAGUAACAUGUAUAUGAUUGUGAAACACGUUCCUAUGAUUUUGCUCAGUUUUAAGGUGCUCACAGAGCUCCUUUCAUUUUUAUUUCUUCAUAUCCUUCAAAGUCUUUUUUUUCUUAACUUGGUAACUACAUAGUAUCAUUCCUUUUGUGAUUCUACAGCAACAUAGCAAAAUUCUGUUCAUUUCUGUAAAUGCAUAAUUUCACCUGGUUUGGAUGUUUGUUGAAUUCAGAUUACCAUUCUCUAGCCUAGUUAAACUCAACUGAAACACUUACCGGUAAUUGGCAAUUUGAGGUGUAUGAGUUGCAUUUUAAGAAAAAGAAGGAAAACUGAAUGUUAAUCUUUUUUCAAAUGAAAAGUGUGUUUGUGUACAUGUGCAAAUGCAUACCAGAAAUGAGAAAUAGCUAAGUUUGGGUGUAAUCUUAGUUUGGGGAUAGUUUGGGUGUAAUCUUCGAUACCUCCCUCUCUAUGGAGGCACAGAUUACAGCUAUAACAAAGGCGGCAUUUUUUCAUCUCCGCCAAGCUAAGCAGUUGGCCCCUUAUCUCUCUCGCCCUGACCUAGCCACUGUGAUCCACGCGACGGUCACCUCCAGACUGGAUUAUUGUAACUCGCUCUACGUGGGGCUGCCCUUGAGACUGACCCAGAAACUCCAGCGGGUGCAGAAUGCCGCUGCGAGACUCCUUAUGGGGUCUUCGCUGCGAGAUCACAUUCAUCCGGUACUAUACCAGCUGCACUGGCUCCCGGUGGAGUACAGGAUCAGGUUUAAGGUGCUGGUUUUAACCUUUAAAGCCCUAUACGGCCUAGGACCCUCGUACCUACGGGACCGCCUCUCCUGGUAUGCCCCACAGAGGAACCUACGGUCUGCAAAUAAAAACAUCCUGAAGGUCCCAGGCCUCAGAGAGGUUAGGCUGGCCUCAACUAGAGCCAGGGCUUUCUCGGCUGUGGCUCCAAUCUGGUGGAACGCUCUGUCACAAGAGACUAGGGCCCUGCGGGACCUGACAUCUUUCCGCAAGGCCUGCAAGACAGAGUUGUUCCACCAGGCCUUUGGUCAGGGCCCAGCCUGACUCCUUCCUCUGGCAACCUGCACAGAACUUUGCUUAACGGUUGCCAUUAAUUUGAUUUUAAUUAAUUUUUAUAAUGAAAUGUUUUAGAAUGUUGGAUUAUUUGAUUGUUUGAUUAUUUGUUUGUUGUUAGCCGCCCUGAGCCUGGCUUUGGCUGGGGAGGGCGGGAUAUAAAUAAAAUUUAUUAUUAUUAUUAUUAUUAUUAUUAAGAUUUACCUUUCAAAAUUUCAGGAUUUUCUGGAAUGUGCAAAUGAAUGCUGCAAAGCACACAAUGUUCAGCCUGUUAAAGUUUUUCUAGAAAAGAUGAUACAGACCUAUGAAAUGAUGAUAGUUAGACAUGGGUAAGUAUAAUUAUGAUAAAUAAUAUUCAUGGGUAUGGGGUUCAGAAAAUGGCAACCAGCCUGAUCAAAGGGAUAGAACAACUCACAUCUGAGGAAGUGUUGCAGCAUUUGGGACUUUUUAGUUUAGAGAAAAGGCAAAUAAGAGGUGACAUGAUAGGGAAGUUAAGAAAGUUAUACAUGGCAUGGAGAAAGUAUACUUCUAUCCUUCUUGGUUGACUGUGCAACCAAGUUCUUCAUGGAGAACUUGAUUGUACAGCUGAUCCCUGCAGAAAGUAGGGUUGAAAUCUCAGCUAUGGGUGGUGAGUUGAACAUUGCUGGUUUGGCUGCAUGACUGAGUUCCCUUUAGGAAAAUCAGUUACACCACUGAUCCCUGAAAAAAUCAGCUUAGUAGUCCUACCAUAGGAGCUGAAUGUUCUAGCUUUUGCAAUAAUAAACAGUUAAAUGUAUGUUCAUGUUUAGUCAUGAGACUUAUUGGCAAAAAGGAAAAUACCAAAUAACAACUUUUUAUUUAUCAGUUUUAUGCUUGUAGGUGAGCCUUUUGCCGGGAAGACCAAAGUUUUGCAUGUGUUGGCAGAUACACUUUCCCUUAUGAAUGAACGUGGGUAUGGGGACGAAGAAAAGGUAGUUCACAGAACUGUGAAUCCAAAAGCUAUUACUAUGGGACAACUUUUUGGAAGAUUUGAUCCAGUAUCUCAUGAGGUAAGUUAAUCACAAAAUAGAACGGAGGAGCGGGAUGCGGGUGGCGCUGUGGGUUAAAUCACAGAGCCUAGGACUUGCCGAUCAGAAGGUCGGCGUUUCAAAUCCCCGCGACGGGGUGAGCUCCCGUUGUUCGGUCCUAGCUCCUGCCAACCUAGCAGUUCGAAAACACGUCGAAGUGCAAGUAGAUAAAUAGGUACCACUCCGGCAGGAAGGUAAACGACGUUUCCGUGCGCUGCUCUGGUUCGCCAGAAGCGGCUUAGUCAUGCUGGCCACAUGACCCGGAAGCUGUACGCUGGCUCCCUCGGCCAAUAAAGCGAGAUGAGCGCCGCAACCCCAGAGUCAGCCACAACUAGACUUAACUGUCAAGGGUCCUUUACCUUUACCUUUUUAGAGCAGAGGAGCAGGGAGAAAUAAAAAGUACCUUACAGUAAUGAACCAUAUAAGCCCUUGGGUGAGGUGUUAAGGGUUGGGGUUGGCAGUGGGGAGGGUAGGUGGCAUUGUGAACAGUGUGGGCAGGGACAGCAACCCUUAGCAUGAAUACAUAUUCAUACAAAGAAAGGUAGUAUUUUUGCACAUUCUCCGCCUAGCUCAUAUUAAUGGUAAUAUAUCUACGUUUUAUUCCAAAGUGUGUCCAGAAAACAAUUUAAGCUUAGCUUUUUCUGGAUGUUUAUUUGCUUAGGUUUUGUCCAUUCAGUAGAACAGAUUACCAUAUUCAAAUGAUUUACACAAUUGGUUUCUGUUGAAUGCUUCCUUCAAAUUUUAAAAAGUCUUUUGUCACUUAUUUUAGUGGACAGAUGGCAUAGUUGCCAACACUUUUCGAGAAUUUGCUUUAACUGAGACACCUGAUCGAAAAUGGGUUGUUUUUGAUGGUCCUAUUGAUACCCUUUGGAUAGAGAGCAUGAACACUGUGUUGGAUGACAACAAAAAGGUAAUGCCUAAGUAAUCCAAAUACAUCAGGCAAUUGUAAAUUUCAUUGUACACAGUUUGCACAUUGACAAUAAAGGUGUUGUUGUUGUUAAAAUUGUUCAAGGAAUUUUAAAAUGUAUUGAGAUAAAAUAGGUUGAGAAGUUACUCAUUGAGCCUUGACCCCAAAUAGCUAGCUCUUUGUGUAACUACAGCACAAUUGACAUCACAGAUGCAUAUUGGGUUUCAAAUAAGACUUUUAAAGAAGAAACACUUACAGGAAAGAGGAAACUGGAAAGAGUGCCAGUAGCAGAGCUGAUAUAUAAGCAGUCAGGUCUUUUGUCAAAUCAUUCUAACAUUCAUUCCAUAUCAUGCACAUCUAAUGUUAUCAACAUCAUCAUUAUUACUUCAUUACAUCAUUAUUUCUGGCACUCAUGUUUGUAUUUUUGAAAGGCACUUUGUUUUCUAAGCUUGUAGUACCAGAUUUAACAAUAACUGCAAGUAGGAGCCAGCUUACUUGAGCCAGUCAGCACACACACACACACACACACACUCUUGGAAACCUGUCAGCUACUAGGUUUUCUUAAUUCUGGGAGGAGGGGGAAUUCAUCGUAAAACUAAUAUGCUUUACAAACUUCUCUCCCAGAAUUUCUCAGGACCCUAUGGCACUAUAACUGACUAAAUGCCAGGUUUUGUAAGUAGCAGAAAAACUAGCUUAAGAAGAGCCAUACAGAACCAAUGGAUGCAUAUAUAUCCAGUAUUCGGUACAAUCUGCACUGAUAUCCAAAUCCAAUUAUGAUUUCAGUAUUUCAGGGCUUAUUUUUUAGCACAAUGACUCAGUCACGCAACAGUUUCUGAGUUGCAUUAAAUCUGAACUUGGUACUUCCUCUUUCAUUAAAUAAUUGUUCAGAGGAACUAUAGUUUUAGAUAGGAUACUAAGCAUCUAAAAAUAACAACAGCAAUACAGUGAUAGUGGAUCAGAGCAAUGGCCAAAAACUGGAUAUUAAUAAAUUAGCAUUUUUCCAAAUUUGAUUAUGGAAGAUCCUGACAUUUCAAUAAAUGAGAUAAGUCACAAUACCUGUACUUGCUCAAAUUUUCCAAUACCCUCCCUAUUUCAAAUUAAGGUUAAAGAAGCUGGAUUGCUUCUGGAGCAUAAAAUUUACAGCAGUCUAAAACUGGGUGUGGGUUUUGUUUUUUGUUUUUGCUCUUAGCUUUGUUUGAUGAGUGGAGAAAUCAUUCAAAUGUCCCCUCAGAUGAGCCUCAUCUUUGAAGCUAUGGAUCUGUCUCAGGCUUCGGUAUGUUAAAGGCAAGAUCAAAUAAUUCACAGGACUUGAAAUUGGAGAUAGAAUGAAAUUUUAAGAGAGAUAAAUAUUAUUGUCCUGCAGCCUGCUACAGUCAGUCGUUGUGGAAUGAUUUAUUUGGAGCCUUUACAGCUGGGCUGGUUGCCACUUGUAACAUCUUGGUUGAGUACACUUCCUGAACCUCUGGACCAAAAGGAGUAUCAAGAACUUUUGAAGAUCUCUUUAAUUGGAUAGUACCACCAGCAUUAA